AUGGCAGCUGGCGGCAAAAAGCCCAAAACAGCCAAUACCACCGCCGCAAAAAAACAAAAUCGCAAACGCUUAACUCCAGAACUCCUGUCUCUCAUCUCCACCGCCACCUCCUCCGCUCAGUCUUUCCUUCUCCAGAACGACAUUCACCUCCUCCCCUCCCAAAUCUUCUCCCUCGAAUCCCUCUUGUCUUCUCUUUCCUCCCAUUUCCCGUAUCUCCCUCCCUUGCUUCCCUCCAUUUCCUCCUCUUUCUUCUCUUCAUUUCUCUCUACUUUCUCCGAUCCUUCCGACCCCCAAUGGCUCCGCUUUUUCCGCAUGUCCCACCACACCUUCUCCCAUCUCCUCUCUCUUCUUUUCCCCGUCCUUUCUUCCUCUCUCCCUUCAUUUCCUCCCGAUGCCGCCCUCGCUGCCACUCUCUUCCGUCUCUCCCACGGCGCUUCGUAUAAAUCCCUCGCUCGUCGCUUCGGUUUUCCUUCCUCUGCCGAUGCGUGUCGCGUGUUUUACUCUGUUUGCAGGGGUAUAAAUGAAAAGUUGGGAACUUUGGUGGACUUUAGAGAUAAUUUGGGGAGGAUUGUGGUGGGUUUUGGGUGGAUUUCGUUGCCUAACUGCUGUGGGGUUUUGGGGCUUGGGAGUUUUGGUAUUGAGGGUGAGUUGUUGGGGAAAAAUGGGUCUGUGUUGGUUCAGGCUUUAGUGGAUUCUGAAGGAAGAUUUCUUGAUAUUUCUGCUGGUUGGCCUAAUACGGUGGGACCUGAGUCGAUUUUACAUCAGAGUAAGUUGUUUUCAGGCGUGGAAGAGUCUAGGGAGUUCUUGAAUGGACCUGCAUAUGAAUUGGGUGAAGGUAAUUUGAUUCCUCAGUAUAUACUUGGGGAUUCUUGUUUUCCCCUAUUGCCUUGGCUUAUAACACCUUUUGUAAGAAGUAACGAAGAGGAUAGCUUUAGUUCAGCUGAGAAAGAAUUUAAUGCUGUGCAUAGUCGUGCAAUGGGGUUGGUUGGGAGUGCUUUUGGUAGUGUUAAGGCACGGUGGCAGCUUUUGGGAAGGAAGUGGAAGAAGGAGUGUGUUGAGUUCUUUCCUUUUGUGAUUGUGACAGGGUGUUUGCUGCAUAAUUUUCUGAUAAAGUAUAGUGAGCCGAUGCCGGAUGAUGAUGUGGUGUGCUUGAAGGAAUUGGAGCUUCCGGUUUACGAAGGAGAGGUAGAUGAGGAUGGGCGACGGAUUAGAGACUCUCUUGCUAAGCACUUGAAUUGGGUGAGUUUGAGAAGAUGA